AUGGCCGAGUCGCAGCUGAGCUGCCUGGACGAGGCGCACGUGAACGAGAGGGUGACCGAGGUGCAGGCCGCCUUCUACUACUGCGAGCGGCGGCGGGCCGCCCUGGAGGCACUGCUGGGCGGCGGUGAGCAAGCCUACCGCGAGCGGGUCGAGAAGGAGCGGCUACGGGACUUCCUGUCCGGCCCCGAGCGCCAGGCGCUGCGCGCCGCCUGGAGACCCUACGAGGAUGCAGCCCCCGCCGCCCGCGGCAAGAGCAAGGCCAAGGCCCCGGUGCAGGUGGUGGCCGAGCCCUCCGAGUCCCUGGCUUACUGGCCCGACCGCUCCGACACCGAGGUGCCCCCGCUGGACCUGGGCUGGACCGACACUGGCUUCUACCGCGGCGUGAGCCGGGUCACCCUUUUCACCCACCCACCCAAGGAGGAGAAGGCGCCCCACCUCAAGCAGGUGGUCAGGCAGAUGGUCCAACAGGCCCAGAAGGUCGUUGCCGUGGUCAUGGACCUCUUCACUGAUGGCGAUAUCUUCCAAGACAUCGUCGACGCUGCCUACAAGCGCCGGGUCCCUGUGUACAUCAUCCUGGACGAGGCAGGGGUGAAGUCUUUCCUGGAGAUGUGUCAGAGCCUGCAGCUCACCGACUUCCGUAUCCGGAACAUCCGUGUCCGCUCUGUGACAGGCGUCGGCUUCUACAUGCCCAUGGGGAAGGUCACAGGGACCCUGUCGUCCAGGUUCCUGAUGGUGGAUGGUGACAAGGUCGCCACUGGAUCUUACAGGUUCACCUGGAGCGCCUCCUACGUGGACCGGAACCUCCUCCUGCUCCUGACAGGCCAGAAUGUGGAGCCCUUCGAUGUGGAGUUCCGCGAACUCUACGCCGUCUCCGAGGAGGUGGACUUGUAUCGGCAGCUGGGCCUGGCGGGAGGCGCCGGCAGGUUUGGCCUCAGCUACUCGUCCACCGUGGCCCGCAAGCUCAUCAACCCCAAGUACGCCUUGGUGUCAGGCAGCCGCCAGCCACCAGGUGAGAUGAUGCGCUGGGCCGCCCGGCAGCAGCGGGAAGCGGGCGAGGAGCCGCAGGGGCAGCUGCAGGAGGGCGGUGGAGGUGGCGAGUCGGCCCCGCGCCUGGAGAGCUUUCUCAAUGACCUGGUGAGGCUGGAACAGGUGCUGCCCCCCGUAGAGCCCAUUCCCUUGGGAGGGCUGAGCCAGAAGGUGGUCUCUCACCUGCACGUGGACCUGAAACCCAAGCCCCGCGAGGCACUGGCCCGAAAUGGCAAAGAAGAAGCGGCCAAUGGGGAGGCCACCCCAGCCAAGGAAGGCAAACGCUUGGGCAGCAGGCUGUUCAGCCGACGGGCCAAGAGGCCAGCAGCACCCAAUGGCACAGCCAGCCCCCUGCCCACCGAGGCCUUUGCUGAGGUGGAAUUGAAGAUGGGGAAGAGGCCCAGCGAGGACCCCGGCACCGACCCCUCAGGCUGCCUUCAGCGUCUCUCAGCAUUGGGUUCCCCCUGCAUGGGGGACUUGGACUUGGACUUGGUUGUCACUGCCACUGCCGCUGCCCUCCGAGUGUUCGCCCACCGUGUCUGGGAGCUGGUCAAGCUGACCUGGAUGGUGCCCUUGGAAAGCCCUUCCCCAGAGCGCCUGACCCCCAGACAUGGCCUGGCCAAGGCUCACAUCUCUCUGUCAGGCAGGUCCCAGUGUCUCUCUCGUGCUAAUGACCCCAAAGGGGAGGCAGACGCCGCCUUAAUUAAAUUCACAGCUGAAGUGCUACUGGAAGGUGGUGUGAGCACCAAGGAGACAGCCCUCGCUGUGCUGUGCAGGGAGGAACAGGCAGAAAAUAGCUUGGGCAGGCUCCACCUGGGAAGCAGCUGCCGGAGCUCGGAGCUCGAGGACUGGGAGCCGCCACCCGGCCCCCCCACCGGCCGGAGGCCCCAGAGUGAGGAAGAAGCUGAGGCUUCGGGUGCAGACCAGGCCCUGGCGCUGGUGCUGACAGGCGCUGAGCCCCUGGCCUCUCUGCCCGCAGCUAGGGCGCUGGGAUACAAGGGAAAAGACCAGGGCUCGGAGCCAGGCUUCCUGGGUUCCAGUCUUGUUCUUGUCUCUGCACUCAAGGUGGAAGAUGCAGCUUGGGCACCAGUGACUGGAGCCUUCAUGAUGCGGUCCCUGUGGGCUCCUGCACAAGACCCUGAGUGGAAUGGCGGGAAGACGCUGCAGCUGGCCGCCAGCUAG